AAACAAAUAGUAAUGUGUAUCGUUUAACCCUCUGAAAGAAUCGAAUCCAAUGAUGAACCUUUGUAGGAAGGCUAAGAAUAAUGAAUGUUGGUAGUACGUAUGCAGCAUCGUUCAAAGUCGAAGCAGUCGGAUCAAUGUCCACUACUCGCGAUGAUUCGUUCGCAAUGGGAUGGCUGAUCAGAUCGACGAACGAGAGCAAUUUUUUUUUUACAGCAGAGGCGAGAUGAGACGAGCAGAGUCUGCAGGUUCACAUAUCAAAGCUGCGGCAUCUGGGUGGAGCGUGGCGGCCAGCUCGGGCUGUGCCUUGGCGUACUCGGCUCUCACAAGAGCAGCAGCUUCGUCGGCCACAUCAGCGCUGACGAGGGCAAUGCAGCAUCCUCUGAAGCCGGCCCCGCUGAACCUGGCUCCGUACACUCCUGGUGUCUUCACCAGAAUCUCGUACAGUUGUAUCAGUGGCUCGCAACCUUCACCAAAAGAAGCAGUGAAUCAGUGAUCAUCCCCCCCAGAAAGCAACAAUGGGAAAAGUGUCGAUUGGAAAGUUGGCUGUCAACUGUAGCAAAUAGUAGAAGUGGAAGUGUUUGUGAAAGAAGUUAUUACAACAAGUAAAUGAUUAGGUGGUCGGUCGAUUGUUUAACUUUUCUAUGAUCGACGAAACGAUGAAAUUACGUGACUAGUGUGGUUCCAAAAUUAAAUUUUUAAAUGUACC